CAGGCCACCUAUCAGACGUCAUCACGCGCGGGGUGUCACGUUUACGUGGAAAACAACAUGGCCGCCGACUGCCAACAAGGAGGCAAUCCCUGAGAGAAUGCGAACGGCGGCCGACUGGAAGCCGGCGCGGCCCCCACACACUUCGCCACCGGUGCGAAUGCACCGUCUGUGAUCCCUUCUCCGUUUGUUUUAGCCACGGUGACCAUGGAAGACGAGGAGCGGCAAAAGAAACUUGAGACCGGCAAAGCGAAGCUGGCCGAGUACCGUCAACGGAAAGCUCACGCAGAUUCCCAGAGGAAGAAGAAGAAAAAAAAGAAGUCCGAGGAGGACUCGCAGGGAAGCGUGGAGCCGGAUCGCUCGACGGGCAGGGAGGACGAGUCAGUCGGUGACCAACAUGUAGUGCCAGAAGCAAAUACAGAGGUACACACCACCGCUGAGCUGAGUUUCUCCAAGACACAACGCGGCGGGGAGACCGUCAAGCAUGACCAAACGUACACUAUCGAGCCCGAGAGCGAAGUGUCAACGACGGCAGAAGAUUAUUCCUCCGAGCAGGUCAACGGCUGCCGUGAGAUGACGGCCAAUCUAAUGACGUCCUCCUCCGAGGAUUUUAUUUGGGAAGAGGCAGAGCGAAAGGUGAUGAAGGGAAGCGCGAUACAGGACGUCAAGGAUGCGCUUGCAGCCAAGACGCGGGCAGUGGAGGAGCUGAGUCAGGAGCUUGAGGAAAUACGAGCUGAGUUUGGAACAGAGGGUGUACAGAAGCUGCAGGAGUUUGAGGCCGCCCUGAAGCAGAGGGACGCCAUCAUCACCCAGCUCACCGCGAACCUCCAGCAAGCUCGCGAGGAGAAAGAUGAGAUCAUGAAGGAAUUCCUGGCGCUGACGGAGCAGAGCCAAAAACUGCAGCUUCAGUUCCAGCAGCUGCAGGCCGGCGAGACCCUGCGGAACACCAGCCACAGCAGCACGGCUGCGGACCUUCUUCAGGCUCGGCAGCAGCUGGCGCAUUACCAGCUGCUGCUGGAGGAGGCCAAUAUGGAAGCCGCCAAAAACCAGGAGAAGAGCGACGGGCAGCUGGAGCUCAUCGCUCAGCUCCGGCGUAAAAUUGGCGACAUGGAGUCGUCAGGGAGAAGAUCGGAGGAAUCAUUCACACAAAGGCUAAAUGAGAAGGAUUUGCUCCUCGACGAGAAAGAGAAGGUCAUCAUGAAUCAAGAUCAGUCUCUUGCCGAACUGAGAGCAGCGGAAGAGACUCUCGCCACCACGCUGAAGGAGAAGAACCUGCUGUUGUCUGAGCAGACGGCGUCUCUGAACCUCUUCCGAGAGGAAAUCGCCAUUUUGGGACAAUCGGCCAAUGACAUUCAGGUAUCGGAUGAGAAGGACAUGAUUAUCGCAGAGCAGGAGAGAGUCAUUUCCGAGCGGGAUUGUUCUUUAAGCCGGCUCGAGAAUGAGCUUGAGUCAUCGCGGCAAAGCGUGCGGGCUCUCCAGCAGCGAGUGGCCGUGAAGGAGUCGGAGCUGGAGAAAUGCCUGGGCGACCUGCAGAACACCAAGCGUGAUUUAGAACGCAGUAAAGGCGAGAUGGAGAGUUGUAAAUCGCACCUUGAAAAAGCGCGAGGCGACCUACACAGCUGUCAAAGUGAGCUCGCCGGCUCCCAGCGGAGGGAGCGAACGUCUUCUGAUGAGAUUAAGCAGCUCAUGGGAACGGUCGAGGAUCUGCAACGGCGUCGUCACCGCGACAGCCUGUCCGAGGGUGACUCCGUCCAAAGAAUGCAAGAGGACGCCGUCCGAAAGCUGGAUCUCCUCAGGGCCGAGCUGGACGAGAUGUACGGUCAGCAGAUUGUCCACAUGAAGCAGGAGCUCAACCUGCAGAACACGGUGCGUAUGGAGCAAGUCGCAGCGCAGCAUCGCGCCGAGAUGGAGCGACAUCUGGCUGAGGUGGAGCGACACCGCGGCGAAGUGGAGCUUCUGACGGCUCAAAACUCCACCAUCAAGGAAACUCUCACUGGGAAGAUUCAGGAGCUUCAAGCGACCUUAGCGGAAUCCACAAAUGAAUUCAACCGGGAAAAGUUUAACCUCCGGGCCGAGGUCCAGAGCCUCCGCGGCGAGCUCCGUUCGGCGAGGGAAAAAACCCAGCUGGCGUCCGAUAAUCUCGUCUCGCAGGAGAGCCUGCGAGAUGAGAUGCGGCUCCUUUCGGACACGACCGACGACCUGCGCCGCCAGCUGGCCGCCGCUGGGGAGGCGGCGCUGCAGGCUGAGGCCCAGCACGAGUCGGAGACGACCAACUACAAGAUCAAGCUGGAGAUGUUGGAACGGGAGAAGGACGCCGUCCUGGGCCGCAUGGCCGAGUCGCAGGAGGCCGAGCUGGAGAGACUGCGAACGCAGCUUCUGUUCAGCCACGAGGAGGAGCUGACGCACCUCCGGGAGGAGCUCCGCCGAGAGAGCUUCCUCAACGCCGAGAACCUCCUGAACGAAGCUGCCAGCAAACACCAAAGAUCCCUGGAUGACCUGCGCCUCACCUACGAAGACCAGAUACAUUUGUUGCAAAAGGAAAAGGCCGCGUUUUCCAACGAGCGAGAGGAGCUCUCGCACCAAAUCGUCGGCCUCAAGGAAGAUCUCAAGUUGGCUCUGCACAGCUCCAAAGAGGACGAGCUUUUGCGGCAGCUGCGGGAGCUUGAGGUCGAGCUUGAAGAUCUGCGCAAGGGUGGAGAGCAGCGAGCCAGGCUGGAGAGCGAAAUCCAAACUUUGCAGAAGAAGGUGGAGGUUCUUCAAGAGAAGGAUCGAAGCUGGGAGAGCAAAUGGAAGGCGCGGCAGCUGGAAAAUGACGCGAAAGCGCUGGAAAUGGAGACACUCUCCGCUCAGCUGAAGGAGGAGAUCGAAAAGCAACGCACCACGUUUUCCUUUGCCGAAAAGAAUUUCGAAGUCAACUACCAGGAACUGAAGGCGGAGUACUCCUGCCUUUUUGAAGCCAAGACGCGACUGGAGGAGAGGACACUGAAGGAAGCGCUUGAGUUGCGGGCCAAAAUCGCUGAACUGGAAGGCGAAAAUGCCAAAAGGUGCGCCGAGGCUGUGGAAAAAGACUCCGCCAAACUCGCGGAGAGGCUGAACGUUACAACGAGCGAGAAGGAAAGCCUGGCGGUCAGGCUUUCCCAAGUGACGGAGCAACUAGCGGUCGCGGGGAAUCAAAUUGAACAGUUGAAAGAAAAGCUGGAAGAGGUUAACGGAAGAAGAGGAGAGGACCACCACACACACAUUUGCUCCCUACAAGGAGAGGUUGAAGCUCUGCAGUCGUCGCGCCUGACGGCGGCAGAAGCUGAGCGAGACAGCGUCCGGCGGCGUUUGGAGCCCCGCGGGUUCUCCCGACCCUCCCCCUCCUACGUCCAGCCCACGAAGGAACGACCCGUGGAAGGACGAGCCUCGCCGCAAAAGCCCGCCACCGGCGCCUCUGGCUCCAACCGGCGUAAGAGGCGUCAGAGGUUGAAGCAGGAGCGCAGAGUGAGCAGCGGCGGCCCCUCAGAGGCAGCCAGGCAAAGGGAGGAGGAGGAGGAGGAGGAGGAGGAGGAGGAAGAGGAAGAAAGCAGAGCUACAAGUGCUGCAGAACGAGCCAUGCAGACGGAGAGCCACGUUCUCGUCGAUGUGGCUGACGGCUGCCAGGGAGAUGGCACCAGCAAACAGGUCAGCACAUCCGACCUCGGGCUUGCCGAAGCAGAGGAACAGACAUCUAAACAUGGCGAGUGCACUCUGCAGUUGGAGGCACAGUGCAUCGGUUUGACUCACAUCCACACCGCUCAGCUGGAGCCGGUGCAGGAGGAGGCGGACAACCAGAAGGAUGCUGGUGACCAAGAUUCAGACGAGGUUCAAAUGGUGAAGAUGGAGGCGGCGGAGAAACAUCGCCACCUAGAGGAGAGUCACCGACGGGAGGUGAAGCGCCUCCAAGCUCAAUACCAAGAGAGCCUCGCCGAGACAGAGGAGCGCUGCAGCAGCGAGGUUGCCAUGCUCCGGCGCCAGCUGCAGGAGUUUUCGGGCUUGCAAGCCCAAGACGGUGACCCGCACUCCAGGGAGGGGCAUGGCGAGCAAUACCCACCGGAGCUGAAGGACCUCAGCGAGGAGCAGCUGUCCCAGUGGGCGUCGGGCUCCCGCUCUGGCUUGAGCGCCAAGCUGCAGGCGCUGAGGAAGGCGCUGUACAACGAGUACGUCCAAGAAGUGGCCGCGCUCAAGAAGCAGCACGAGGCUGAGCUGACUCUGCUGCGGCAACAACUGGAGAGGAAGAGGAAGGGCGAGCGACGGGAUCUCAACGCCGUCGACGGAGGAGCAACGAGCUCCUCGGAGAACACGGGUGUUGCUGGGCAGCUGAGUGUGGAGGUGGAAGUUGCUAAGGCCAUUGUCCAGAUGUCAGUGGAGUAUGCGCAGCAGACGGAGCUGGCCCGGAUCAAUAAACUCUCCUGCCAGGCCAGCACCGGCAUGCAAACCCAGUCGUAUGGCGAGGAGGCCGCGGAGGAGGAUGCGGCCGUCUCGGUGGGCGCGUGGCUCAAGGAGGAGCGGGAGCGCCUGGAGAAGGAGCUGCGGGACAGGGACACUGAGAUCCGGAAGCUUCGGGAGAAGCUGCGGCGAUCUGAAUUGGAAAUAGGGGAGAAGGCGAGUGUUGCUUGCGUCUUAUCUUCUGCACCGCUACAGAUGAAAGAGGAUGGUCAAGAAAAAGUUGAGGAUGAGGAGGACGAUGUUGAGUCUACAGACAAGGACAACGAAAGAAUUGUCUUGCGCAGGGACAACGAGAGGCUCAGCCGCGUGUUGGCCGACGUCCUGAAGACCACGGCGGCGGCAGAAGAAACGAUAGGCCUCCACAUGCAAAGUCUUCAGGUGGAUGCGUCUUCCAGCGCAGGGCUGCAGGCUGCCCCGUCAUCCAGAGCGCACGUCACAGAUCAGCCCGCCAAGUGUUCGUCUGGCUACAGCCCGCUUCUGGCGGAAGACGAGGUGAAUCUGAUGGGCAUCAGCGGUCGCCUGCAGACGGCCUUGGAGAAGAUGCUGAUGGUUAUCACGGACACCACCAACCAGGUCGAACAUGCCCGCAUCACCCAGACGGAGCUCAUGCGCGAGUCCUUCCGCCACAACCAGGAGAUCAGCGAGCUCCUGCAGAAGCAAGAAGAGCUGCAGGAACGUCUCGCCGAGGAGGCGCGGGCACGUGAGCGGCUCGCUCUCGAGCUCCACCGUGCCGAAGGUCUGAUUGAUGGCUACACAGGGGAACGGGCUGCCUUGGAGGAGCAGUUACGUCAGAAGCAGGAGCUCCAGCUGAACCUGGAGCAGGAACUGCAGGUUACUGGGAGUCGACUGCAGGAGCUGGAGCAGGAGAGGCUUCAAAUGCAGGAGGAGCGCGAGCUGGUUUCCCGGCAACAAGACGCCAUGCGAGAAACCGCCGGUACCCGUGAGCUCUGCCUAGUUGAAGCUGCAAUGGUUGCAGCACCUGAAGCAGAUCUCCUGGAAGAGACGGAGAAGCUGAUGAAGGAGAAGGUGGAGGUACAACGCCAGGCGGAGAAGGAGAGCGCCGACCUGCUGAAGCAGAUGAAGACCCUGGAGGCCGAGCUGGAGGAGCAGGUCAACCGGGUGAUGGAGCUCGAGCAUGCCCGCAAGACCGAGACCGGGGACCUCCAGCAGCAGAUUCAGGCACUGGAAAAGCAGCUGGACAAGAACCGGCGCUUCCUUGACGAGCAAGCCGUGGACCGGGAACACGAGCGCGACGUCUUCCAACAUGAGAUCCAGCAACUGGAGCAGCAGCUGAAGAACCAGCAGAAGUUUCCCAGCGGCUCAGAGCAAAGGAGCCAACAGGUGGAGCAGCUGAGCGCCCAACUGAAGGAGAAGGCGGACUGGUGCAGCGAGCUGCUGCUGGGCUCCGAGCAGCUGCGUCGUGAGCUGACCGAGCGCGACCAGGAGAUUGACAAGCUGGAGAGCCGCGUCCGUGAGCUGGAGCAGGCCCUGCUGGCCAGCGCAGAGUCCCUGGAGAAGGACGAACAAAAGAAGCGUCAUGCAUCUAUCACGGAGGCAAAGCACUCCACACUGGAGGUUCAGUUGCAGACCGAAAGAGAAGCCUUGGAGCGGAAAGAGAAGGAGAUCUGCCACCUGGAGGAGCAGCUGGAGCAGUUUCGGGAGGAGCUGGAGAACAAGAACGAGGAGGUGCAGCAGCUCCACAUGCAGCUGGAGAUUCAGCGCAAGGAGAUCAGCAGCCAGCAGCAGUUCCUGGAAACCAGGGAGAGCAUGCUCCAGGUGAUGGAGGAGAAGGACAGGGCAAUAGCACUUCUUAAUGAACAGAUCACUAAGCUCCAACACUUGGAGAAAACGUCUGGCAACAAGGGAAUUGAUGAGCGGGAUGCACUGAUCAGUGACUUGGAGUCGCAGGUGGAGUGCCUGCGCAGUGAGCAGGAACGCCUCAAGCGCAAAAGCGAGGAGGAGCAGGAGCAGCUGAACGCCGUCGUUGACAAACUCCAGCAGGAGCUGCUCCACAUGGAGCGCAAGGAGGAUGACGAAUCCCACGUCAGGAACGAGUACGAUCACGAUGAAAUGAAACAAAAGAUGGACCUGGUCUCCGGAGAAUUCCACUCCCUCAAAGCGGAGCACGGCGAGCCUCUGGAGACGCACCGCCACUUGAGGGAGAUCGCUGAGAACUCGGAGGACUUUACGGAGACCCCGAGGCAGAGAACCGCCCACCUCACCGUGGCGCAGGCCCAAGCGCAAGCUCUGGAGAAGAACGGCGCGUCCGGCAUGGACGAACUCCGUCUCCGCGUCCGGGAGCUGGAAGACUCGGCGGGCGAGAAAGACGCCGAGCUGUGCAACUCUCGAAAGUACGCAGAAGAGCUCCAGGGGAAAGUUUCCACCCUGGAAGAGCAUUUAAGGGAGAAGGUGGCCGAGGCGUUGGUCAGCCAAGCCACACUUGAUGCUCUUCAGCAACAGGCAUCCAAAGAGCGUUCGGGUGACCUGCUAGGUCACCUGAACCAGAAGCUUGCUGAGCUUGAGGCUAGUUUAAGUGACAUCAAGAAGAACCACAAGCUCCGAAAGCAGCUGCUCUCCAGCUCGAAGGAGGCGCAGUACGAGAGGAGGCUGGCGGCACUGCUGGAUCUGCUGAGACAGAUGAUGGACGAGAAGCGACACAAAACGUCGGCAGGUCUGGAGGCCUCGGCUGGUGACCAAGCGCUCACGUCAGAGCUUCAAGAGGCCCGAAAUGAAGCCCUGGCUGCCAAAAAACAGCUGGACCACCACAUGGAGCAAUGCCACCAUCUCCAGGCGGAACUUCAAGACAAAACUGAAACAAUCGAAAGACUUAAGGAGCAACUUGAGGAGUCAUCUUCUGGAGGAGACGAGGAGAUGCUAGUGCUCCGAAGAGAGCUUACCAAGACCCAGGAGGAGGCUGCGCUUGCCAAGGAGGAGCUGAACAGCUGCAAGGAGAAGCUGGAGAAGCUGCAGGAGCUCCUGCAGGAGCGGGAACUGACCAUUGCUCAACUAAAAGAAGAUCUUUUACAAAUGAAAAUCGAAGAGGACAAAGCAGACAGGACGAACCUUCUCACGGAGCUCCAAGAGGUCCGAAGACAUGCGGACUCCACCAAAGACGAACUGGAUAGCUCCAGAUCUCACAAUCAGAAGCUGCAGGAGGACAUCCAUGUGCGUGAGCUCUCUGUUUCGAAACUGACAGAGGAGCUUCAGGAGGUCCAAAAGAACCUGUACACCACCAUCGAGGAAGUAAAAAGCUACAAAUCCAACAAUGAGAAGCUCCAGGAAGACAUUCAGCUCCGCGAGGGCUCCAUUUUGAAACUGAAAGAGGAGCUGCAGGAGGUUCUGAAGAACAUGAACGAUACCAAAGAAGUGGAUAGUUACAAAUCCCACAAUGAGAAGCUUCAGGAGGACGCUCGAGUGCAUAAAACGUCUAUUAGUCGAUUAGAAGAAAAGCUACAAGAGGUCCAAAAGAACAUGAACACCACCAAAGAAGAACUCGACAAUUACAAAUCCGACAAUGAGAGGCUCCAGGAGGAGAUCCAGCGCCGCGAGGUCACCAUUUCAGAGCUCAAAGAGAUGCUCCAGGAGGUCCACAGGAAUGUGGACUCCGCCAACGAAGAAGCUAGCAGCUAUAAAUCCAACAAUGAGAAGCUCCAGGAGGAUAUUAAAGUGUGUGAGGUCUCAGUUUUGAAUCUCAAACAACAACUCCAGGAGGUUCAAAAGAAUUUGGACACAUCCAAAGAAGAACUCAACAGUUACAAAUCCCACAAUGACAAGCUCAAGGAGGAUGUUCAAGUGCGUGAAGUCUCUAUUUCUAAACUUGAAGUGGAGCUCCAAGAGCUCCAAAAGAACCUGCACUCAACCAUAGAGGAACUCAACUGUUACAAAUCCCACAAUGAGAAACUCCAAGAGAAGAUGCAGUUACGUGAGGUCAACAUUUUAAAGCUCAAAGAGGAACUCCCAGAAGUCCAGCAGAACAUGGACUCCACCCAAGAACUGAGAAGCACCAAAUCCCACGAGGAAGAGAUCCAGUUUCGUGAGGUCUCCAUUUUGAAGCUGAAAGCGGAGCUCCAGGAGAUGAAUAAGAUUGCCGAGACCGCCAAAGAAGAACUGAGAAGUUCCAAAUCCCACAAUUCCAAGCUGCAGGAUGACAUCCAGCUCCACGAGGUCUCCAUUUCAAAGUUGAAAAAUGAGUUGCGGGAGGCUCGAGCGGCCCUGACGAAAGCAGGCGACUCGGUCUCGACAUCUCCUUCUCCCACCACAUCCCCUCAGCCUUUCUUUUCCACUUCCUCGUCCACCUCCCAGCCCAAGAGGAAAGCGAGCGGCAAGCAGCCCCUGGCCAAGGGGACCAAAGACAAGAUGUCCCUUUCCAGGAAGGGCGCCGCACCCUCCCGAAGUCCCGAGCUGGCCCAGGCAGAUGCUUCCAUGCAGACAGCCGCCAACGAGGAGCUGGAUGAAGUCAUGGGAGAGUUCCGAGAGAAGGUGGUCCAGAUGCAGGAGUUGCAUGCGGCCGAAAUCCUGGACAUGGAGGCGCGCCACAUCUCCGAGAGCGACGCGCUGCGCCGCGACGCGCACAACCUGGAGGACGAGUGCAAGGCGCUCAAGGCCAUCAUUGACAAGCUGCGUGCCGCUGAGGUCACCGCGUUAAGACAAGAUCGGCCACUGUCACAGUUCAAAGAUGGCUACACGAGUGACAGCAGCUCUGACUACAGCCAGAGGACCGGGUAUGACCUCCCUAUUGGACUCCAGCAGGAGUUUCGGGUGACACCCGAAGGUGCCAGAAGAGAGGCGGACGAUCCAUUAUUACCUGACAGGAUCAAGUCGUUGCUGCGUGAGGUGCACCAGGAGGGCAUGCAUGUUCUCUCGCUGUCAGAACUUCCUGUUUCUGAAAAUGAGCCCGGCGGCCAUUUGAACCUGCAGGCCUGGCUUAAGGAGAGAGAUGCUCUGCUGGCUACCGUGGAGUCCCUCAAAGGCCUCAUUGCUCACAUGCAGACCACGCAGGUGUCGGGCGAUUCUGUGGAUUGGCGUGCGGAGCUCUUGGAAGCGGUACACCGGGUGUUCAUGAGGGAGCGUAGCGUGUCCAAGAGUGCCCUCUACACCUACUUAGACCUGACGGACACCAGCGACGUCAUCAUCCACAUCAACCAGCUGGAGCGCAGGAUGGCCGAGCAGGAUGUACAUCACAGAGAAGCACUGAGUACCCUCCAUGCCGCAGACCGGUCCAGUCUCAUCGCUGAGAUCCAUCAUCUCCGAGGAGAGAUGAAGCGCCUUCAUCAAGGUGCACGACCUGCAACCUUAUUGGGCGCGACGGAGCAUCGGGGGGGAGGCGAUGCCGACGGGGCACUGCGGGCUGACAGGCUGCUGCUGGAGGAGCUGAAGGGGGAAUUAUCGCAGACCAAACUGGAGCUGGAGACCACGCUUAUAUCGCAGCACAAGCAUCUCAAAGAACUGGAGGCCCUUAGGGCCGAGGUAUCGCAGAAGGCCUCGGAGGUGGACGCGCUGAAUGAGCAACUCUUGGAGGAGAGCCGAAAAGGCCGCGAACUUCAGUGGGGCAUGGAGAAGGAACUCCGUCGCGCCGGGAGGAACGAAGAGAACGCCCGAGAACAACUGGAGGACUUAAAUCUGGCUUUGGAGGAGCAAAAGAGCCAAGCGGAGCGGCUGACGUCCACCUUGGAGCAGGAGCGCCAGGCCUCCUCCCGCCUCUGCCAGCAGGUCGAGAGGGAGAAGCUGAGCCUCCACAGUCGCCUCCAGGAGCUUCGAGUCCAGCUGGAGACGGAGCGAGCCAAGGCCCGCGAGAUGAGCUCCGCUCUGGGCACGGAGAGGGAACUGCGGGUAGGCGGAGGCCCAGCCAGCCAGGAGGAAAACCUUCUGGAAGGUCUGCAAAAAGAGCUGGAUGACAAGCAGGCACAGGUGGUGGAUCUCCUCAGCCAAAUGGAGGCUGAGAAGCUUCAAGUGCUGAGAAAGGACGAGGAGCUGAGCCUGGCGGGCCUCAAGUCCAGGCAGAACGACGAGGCUCUGCUGGAGGCCCGGGCCCAGCUGGAGAGACUGGAAGUGCGGUUGUCUGAGAUGCAAGACCUGCUGGCGAGCGAAGAGGCGAGGUGGAGGAGCCUGGAAGAGGACAAGGAGCGACUGGAGGAGAGGUUGGCUCGGCAGGGUGGCGCUGGGCAGGGGACACCGCCCAUGCCGCACCACCAACACCACCCGGGCCCUUGGCGCACGGCGGACGCCAUCUUGGGGAAACUGCACCUUGUCGCUUCCAAGAUCCGUGGCAUGGCAAGCAAGGCCACUGCUGAGAUCACGGGUGAAGAGCUGUCACUGAUCCAGUCCAGUGUGGAUGAUGUCAUCAGCAUGCUGCAGCAAACUCCAGCUCUCCCAUCUAUCCCUGAGCGCUCUGCACUGUCGGCGGGAAGCUCCUCAUCGGGCUCCUCCUUGACCGAGCGCCUGCUCCGGCAGAACGCCGAGCUGACGGGUUUCGUGGGCCGCCUGACGGAGGAGAAGAAUGACCUGAGGAACCACUCGCUGCACUUGGAAGAGGAACUCCGCUAUUACCGGCAUGCAGGCGAUGCUGCCAGCGGCAGGCGAGGAGCAUCCGGGCCGGACUCUGCCGACGCGCUGUUGCUCUCUCAGCAGAAGGAGGCCUGGAGCAGGGAGAAGGUUCGCUUGGAGAAAGCCUUACAUCAGGCCCUCGCUCAGGUGGCCCGGCUGCGAGGGGAGAUCAGGACAGACACGCUGAGAGAGCUAACCGGACCUGAGGCAGACAACGCCGCCCUCAAGAGGAUGUACGGCAGGUACCUGCGCUCGGAGAGCUUCCGGAAGUCUCUGAUCUACCAGAAGAAGUACCUGCUGCUGCUGCUGGGCAGCUUCCAGGAGUGCGAGGAGGCCACGCUGGCCAUGCUCUCCAGGAUGGGCGGCCGGCCCUCGGAGGGACUUGGCAGUGGCCAGCGGGGACUGCGCCCGCACGGGCUCAUGCGCUUCCGCUCGGCCGUGCGCGUCUCCAUCGCCCUCUCCAGAAUGCGUUUCCUGGUCAAGCGCUGGCACAAAACAACGGGCAUGAGCAACACAACCCAGAAAAGUGAAACCACGCAGAUGAUCACCAGUGAUGAUAGAGAUUACCUCCACCCAGGCUUGGAAGUGUACAGAGACCGAGGAGGGAGCUCAAGUAGGGGACGCAGCGGACGGGAAUCCCCCAGGUCGCCCGUCUACUCUGCGCAGCACAGGUUUCUUGCGGCUGGAGACCACGGGGCGCUCACGUGCUCCCACCUGCAGAACUACGACCCCGACCGAGCCCUCACCGAUUACAUCUCCCGGCUGGAGGCCCUGCAGAGGAGGCUGGGGAGCGUCACGUCAGGUGCUUCGUCUUCGCUCGCUCCGCUGCAUUUCGGUUUAAGAUGAAGACACCGAACAAAAUAAGUUGCCUUUUUUGAUGCAAACUGUUCUUUCCACAUGGACCAAAAAAAAAAAUGGCAUGCAACAGACAGGUUUGCGUCUCGUGUCGCCGCCACUUGAAUGAAUGACGUGUAAUUUAAUUCGACAAAUGGUGUACAUUUUGUUUGUGGAUAAUUAAAAAAAAAAAAGAUAUGAGAUUAAUUUAUGUGAGCGUGGGUGUUGGUUGUGAGCAAAGUGGGCUUAACUGGAUUCUUCUACACGCGUGUUUUGUUUAAGGCCCGAAGACAUUUGUAGAGAGCGUAUUUUUAUAGUAGCUUUUCUGGCUAUUUUGUCAAAAAAUGAAAUAAAGGCAAAGAUUUGGAAUGA